CUUAUCGUCGUAGCCAAAUACAUAUUAUUAGUUAUUACCUAGCUAUAAUUUAAUUUCAAUAAUAUUAUUUGAAAUGUUACACGGUGACGUCUUGUCGACGACAAUCGUAAGACCAAGCGAAACUGGAGAGAAUGACGUUUUUAAGCCGAAAAAAGCUGAUUUGAAAGCAGGGGUUGUAAAAAAAGCAACUGUCGAUCAGUUGUCAUUAGAAAACUUCGGAUUUAGAAUCGAUUUAGGUUGUACAGAACCCAAAGGAGCUUAUACAUUGUUGCAGGAUUGGUCAGUCUUCAUAAACACGCGGACACUUAACGUAAAACUUUUAGGAUCUUUGCUAAACGAAACAGGAACGGUACGCGAAAGGAACCUGAACGUGGGCGUCAUAAAAAAAAAACUGGAUAGAAAAACUGUCUUCACAACAAGAGGCAUAUACCGAUUGGUCGGACCUAUUUCGCACAUACACGACCUACUCGUGGGCGGGCAAGAGUCCACCUCGGGCAUGUCGAAUUGCUUGACAUAUAAAUUUACAGAAGCCACGUUGAUGAUGGGUGGCAAUUUCCCAUCAAAAUGGAAAGAGUGGAUUCGCAAACGGAUGCGAAACGUCUAUGUACGAAAGUAGAAUA